AUGAGCGAACGAAAGUCAGCUGCUGCAAUGCCACCAAGACGUCGUAUGACUCAGAAUUACUUGGUGAUUUGGGUCGAUGGCAACAUCGACGAAAACAAUAGCGAUUGCCGAAAUACACUGGCACAAUUACGCGCAGCGGUAAGCGAUGUGAAUGUGUGCAUGACACCAGAACAGUGUGUCCAAUUUCUCAAUGAAAUUGAUGAUGGCAAAGCCUUCAUAAUUUCAUCGGGAGCAUUGGGACAAAGCCUUGUAAACGACAUUCACAGCAUACCAAAAGUGGAUGCCAUUUACAUUUUCUGCGGCAACAAAACGCGCCAUGAAUUAUGGACGAAGGAAUGGCCAAAGAUUCGAGGUGUUUUCACCUCGAUCAAGCCAAUAUGUGAAUCGCUCAAAAAGGUCGCCCAUGAGUGCGAUCAUGAUUCGAUCCCGAUGAGCUUCGUUCCGAAGCAAAUAGCGACAGAAGGGGCAACAGGCCCGGAUCAAAAAACUCUUGAUCAAUUACCGCCAUCGUACAUGUACUCGGUAAUUUUCAAGGAUAUCAUCCUAGAAAUUGAUGACGAUGACAAAAAAUCUAUGGAUACUUUAGCAAUAUAUUGCCGGGACCAAAAUAUUCCCGAAACAGAAAUAAACGAUUUUAAGCCUGGAAGCAUUGUACCAGGAACAAUCAGCGAAUUUCCAAAAAGCAUUCAUCGUUUACCGUGGCCAGGGGCUCAGUCAACAAGACUUUCAGAAUCUAAGUAA